UACCAAAAAGUUGUCUGUUGUGUAGAGCAAGAUAUACAUCAACAUUUUUCUUUCGCGUUGAAAAAAAGUGAAAUAAUUGUAAUAAAGUGAGUUUGUUUAUAAAAACGUGCGUGCAUCUGUAAUAGCACUUGGAUUGGAUGCAGAUCAUCGAUAUGUAAGCCAAGUAAUGAUUACAAACAACACUGGUUAUAAGCUCAAGGCUUCCAAGAGCUCACCAAAUAAUGAUUAUCAAGAUCAAGAUGAGAACGAGAGUCUAGAUGGAGACGCAACAGGUGAUUCCAAUAACAAGUACCAGAUUUAUUCUACCAGAGAUGGCAAGCAGAGGGCCACAAAGUCCAGAGGCUUUGAUUAUGUCAACAAUAAGCCUGGAGGCAGAGGAGGAACUGACCGUAGGGGAACAUUCAGAGGUAGAAAUAAUCUGUCCGCCUCACGACGGAAUGAUAGGGAUUUUACCAAUGGCAUCAACUAUUCCAAUAGAUUUGACUCAGGUAUGUACGCAUAUAAAUAUACUGAGCCAGAGAAAAAAGCCGAGAUAAAAUUUAACCUAUUGGAAGAUACAAGAAUUUCAAAAUUAUUACGGCGCCUGAGCAAUGAGGAGGACCAAGAGAAUUCUUUGCAAAUAUCUAAGAGGCUACUGGAAGUUUUAUUGUUGCCCGACAAUGCAACAUACAUUCGGAAAUCAUUUACAAUCCUUCGGGACUCUAUGCUGAACAUCUUCCAAGUAGCACCUGGUCCACUAGCUAAGAAACAAUGUGCCAAAGCAUUAGGCAGAAUGGGUUACAUAUUAGGCCAUGAUGAGUUUGACUUUACCAAGUACUUUAAAUUGAUUUUCAAGCAAAAAACCAAUGAGGAAACCACUUGUUUGCUCAUGGAAGCAUUAAAAGAAACAUACACACUGGAGAGAGAGAAGCCAACGAUGGAGGAGACUAGAGCAAAUUCAAUAAUAGUGGAGCUAAUUGCCAUAAUGGAAUCUACUGAUAAUAUUGAAAUUUUUAAGUUGACUUUAGAUAAUUUAAUGAGCACUGUGGAGUUCUGGCCAAGCACUUUCCAUGACCAUUUCAAAGACACCAUUGAUCUUGUGUUUGGCUGGCAUGUGGAUUUUUCACAACCUCUGUCCAACAUUGAAUUUAUUUCAAGGAGCCUCCAAAGGAUUGCAUUUCAAUUCCAAAUGAAUUUCAUGUUUUCAAUAACUCUUAUAGUGCACUUUGUUGAAGAUAUUGAAACAUAUUCAGAGCAAAUGAAAAUGGAUGAUAAAUCAUUUGAUAAUAACGCUAUGGAGCAAACAACUGUUUACAUACUAGCUCUAAACACGGUAUUGAACUGUUUAAAUAACAGUUCAACCGCGAACGAUGAAUUGUUUACAUUGAAGCUUAAAUUUGAUGCUCUUAAUCAAGUCAUCUCGACGCUUACCGAAGCGUUAGAAUACGUCGUACCCGAUAAUUUAAUCAUCGCUGGCAACGAAACUAUUUGCUUGCUUUUGACGAUGUUACCGACAAAAAGUAUCCUGCUGAACGAGAGCAUUUUGCAGUUGGUGGACUUGCAGAUCUCGAUUAUACAUGAUUUAUCUGAUGCGACAAUAAUCUCGAUGCUUAUUAUGAUAUCCAAAGUUAUCAAGGAAUUAUCAGCCAAACUUCCUAUCGAAUUAAUAACAAAGCUGGUCGGUCCCAAUUCGGAGAUUGUAAAACUUCGGAAUUCUCCUUAUAAAGACAUACAAGUGGCAACAAUAGGAGUUUAUCAGGCAUUGCUGAAUUUGAAAAAUAUUCCGCUGCUUCAAGAAGCCUAUAAGUACAUACUAUUCGAUUUGGAUGUAUGUUUAAACGUAAUUGUGCCAAGUAGGAGUGAAAUAUCCGAGAUGAAUCCAUUCACUCCAAUCGAGAAAAGCAUCGAAGACGCUGAAUUGGCUUGUUUGUUUCUUUUAAGGUCACUGUCUCAAUUGGCAAAUGCCAGUGGAUCAAUUAUUGGGAUGUGGGCGUUGAAGCCGAGCAUCUUGGAGUUGCUGGCUGUCACACUUCAACCCUUCAAUGAGCAGCUAAGUCGGAACGCACCAACCUUACAAUACAGUAUACUGUUUCUAUUAUAUUCACACUGCAAAUGCUAUAACCAUUUUAUAAGCAGCAGCACUCUGGUAACAGAUAAAUUGAAAGGCGGCAGUAGGAUGGGACUCCCAGAUCACAUAGAAGACGUGGCCAAGUCACCGAAUUCUGGUAACUUUUCAAUUAUAUUAAACGUCUUGCAUAGAACACUGCUUACAAAGAUUAAUAACGAGAUAAUACUAUUGCUGCUGCAGUGGUUCAACGAGAUACUAUUCUUUGCUGACCCUUACUUGGAAGUUAUUUACAAUAAUUUGGAAUUCUCAGAAGUGACAGGAUUACUUGUACGUUGCUGUUACGUGAAGAACAAUAACAUCAUCCUUGCAGCAUCCAAAAAUUUGGAGAAACUCCUGGGAAAUAAACAGUUAUCGUGGUGCAAUGAUUUCUUGCAAGAAAUCAAUAAGUUGUGCAGUAUUCACAUGGCAUCGGCGAACAGCGAAGUUAGAAAUAGUUUCUCGAAACUAUCCAGUCACAUACCCUGGGAUGUGGCCAUCGCUGAAAUCGGGAAAUCCGAAAUCGUCGAAGCGAAUCAAAGCAACUUAAGUAAUUACACUUCGGCUAAUAUAACUUUGGCGCAACAUCUGCAUCUGAACGGAACCGUAUUCGGCGAAAUCACUUCACACCACUUCAAGAAGCUUAUGGAUUUUAUGUUGAAGAACGAGUGCAACGAUGAAAACCUUCUGGAGACAAUAUUCUUGAACUGUUGGCCUUUGGAGUCGGACAACCAACAGUUGAACGAUCAGUUCAGAGAGCUGUGCACGAAUUCACAGAUCGUCCUGAACAAUUGGAUCACUUGGGAGGCCGCCCAGUUUUGCGUGAACAAUAAGCUUAGAACGCCGCUCGGCAAACCGAACGAAACGUUCACCAGCUUUGAAAACAGCCUAAAACAUUACGCCAGAGAUGUUAUGAAGAUAAAGCAAGAGGAUAACGUCAACGUCAAUCAGAAGCACGUGCGAUUGUUGUUGCAGUUUAUUGAACACCUGGAGAUGUGCAUUUACAAUGCUUCGGAGGGGUCGGCCAUUGCCAUUCCGCAGCCCUCGAAGCCGGUGAGAACUUUCUUCAGCACGAACGCUUCCACCUGUAGGGAAUGGCUCUCCAGAAUAAGAAUUGUUUUGGUGCAGCUGAGUUUGCAUGCCGGACAAUCGGUGAUGGCUCUGAGACAUGGACAAGCGAUGAUUAAAGACCUGUACAACAAUAACAAAACCGACACUGUCGACUUCGAGAGGGGUGUGAUGUAUAUGACAAUGGCCCUGCUGAAUCUGCGAGAGAGCGAGGCCUUGCACGGUCUGUACAUGUGGUGCCUCAAAGAUGCUGGGAAGAAAUACGAUUGGAUUAAGUGUGCAGCGGAGCAGGCCAACAAGAAAUAUGAAUACGCGGCCGUUGGAUAUCAAAAGUUGAUCGACGAAAUUCUCACCACCAACGAGAAUCAGAUCGAUACAUAUAUUAAGCAUUUCAUUUCCGAUCAAAUAGUGCGAUGCUACAAGGAAAUGAACAAUUGGUUGGAUAUUGUCGGAUAUAAGAAUAACAAGAUGAACCUUCUGCUGAACCCUACCGAAAACGGAAUACGACAUUCCUUUAAUAUCGUGAAUUUCGAUUGCGCCCAGGCCAUUUUCAACUCGGAAACAUGCGCUUUCGCAUACAAAGAGCUGUGCAGUUGGGACGUUUACGAGGAUGACUCUUGGAGCGUCUACGAUACGCUGACUACAACUGAAAGCGAGCUCUACAACAUUGCUCUGAAUAUAGGAACAACAGAUACAGAUUUCAACGCUAGAAUUCAAUCGAAACUUUCCAAGAUCCAGUCUACUAUACAGAACGGCAUUUUGCAACUGCCAUCCGAUUUUCAUCAAGAGUUUUGCCUAUUAAAUUACGUGGCCAACGGUCUUCAGAAUAUAUCAAACAAUGUUUCUGCGAGUACAGUGUUCCUAGUGUCAGAUAAUUUCGAACGUGAAGUGGUUAAAGUAGAUUCGGUGAUCCUCACGAGGAUUCUGUGGUGGUCCGAGUAUUUUACGCAAAUUCAAAAUCAAGGAUUCAGUGCAUUUUCAAGUAACUUACGAUUGAACAUCAUCAAGCAGGCUCGAAAGGAAUCUAAUUACAACAUGGCCAGCUCUCAACUAUACAGAUUCUUGAGCAGCAAGAGUUUCCUGAAAGAAAAUAACCCGAAAACGACCAGUCUUUUAGUGAACAUUGCCGAAUCGUUUAAAGCCAAAUUACCAGAGAUCAGUAUGUGGAACAUGGACACGGCCCAAGGAGCUAAAGAGUUAAUCAAGUUGAUUUACGAGGACACCGACGAUAAGAGGUUGGCCUUUGAUCUGUGCGCCGUUGCUUCUACCUCCAUAUCAAAAUACGCAGAUAUAUAUAGAGAUUUGGACCUCAAGCAGGUGAGCUCGAAGAUUUUACUGAAACUAGCUACAUGGCUACAGAGCAACGAUUCGAUUUCCUUGAGCGAAUUCUCGAGUCCGCUGGGAAAACUGCUGAUGGUCCUUCCGGAGAUCGGUGUCGAGAAUAUAGGAAACAAUAUCAUCCCGCUAAAUGAUAUGGUCAUUGGAAAACUGUUGCAGUUCAGCGUGAAUCAGUGCCAGACUUUGUCCAAAACUUGGUACGCCUUUGGUACUUGGUGUUACAGUUGGGGCAAAAAGAUUGUCGACAACAGUUCGGAUUUUACGAACACUUUAUCGUUAGAGGAUCAGAAUGCCAUUCAAUCAUUGCUGCCUCUAGAUUGCAAACCAGAAGAUCUGAAUAGAAUAUUGAUGAUUUUAUCUCAAACACGGACGCACGUCGACGAAGAGGACAUAGAUUCCAACGAAAUAAACACCUCAGAAAUGAUCAAAAACCAACUGAAGAACGUGCACAUAUUGUUUAACGCGCCAGAAACCGUGAUCGAUACAUUAGUGCAGAUUUGGAGGAAUCUUCAGAAGCGAGUGUACGCUUAUUACGAGCAUAGCGUCGAUGCGUAUUUCAAUUAUUUGCACUUGGCGACCUACAGUGAAAAUAUAUCAAAAGCAACCGAGUCGAAUACAAUUACGGUGACAUUAAGACUGUUGAGAUUAAUUGUGAAGCAUGCUUUGGAACUGCAGAUAGUCUUGGAAAGAGGCUUGACUCGAACACCGACGCACCCAUGGAAAGUCAUUAUUCCACAAUUGUUCUCUAGACUCAAUCAUCCUGAGAGCUACGUGCGAGAACGUGUUUCAGAUUUAUUGUGCCGUGUUGCAGAAGAUGCACCACAUCUCAUCACAUUCCCAGCAGUAGUUGGUGCACUCGAGGGUGGAGUGAAAUUCGACUUCUCCGAGAUAUCUCUGCCGAAAGAUUGUUUAUCGCAAAAUAAUGAUAUCAAUGAUGAUUCUGAAAUAAACGAGAUUGAGGACAAUUAUGAAAGCGACGACGAAAGUAAGAAUGUGCUGCAAUCUUGCUUCAAAUCUAUGGUGGAAACGCUUAGCAAUCAAGCUGCCGAAACCAUAACUCAAGUGCAGCUCUUGGUUAAGGAGCUACGUCGUAUUAUUCUGCUGUGGGAUGAAUUGUGGUUGGGAACGUUAACCCAACAUCAAGGAGAGAUCACCAAACGGCAGCAACAGUUGGAAAUCGAAAUCGAAAAAGUGAAUUCCAAUUUGCACCUGAGUCCAGAAGAGAAGAUUUCAAUAAUAUCAGAGAAACAUCGUAUUAUUCUAACUCCGAUCGUCUUCAUUUUGGACCAACUUUACGACAUUACCAGUGUGGAACCGGAAACGCCGCACGAGCAACAGUUCCAGGAUAAGUACUUGACUGUAAUCCGGGAUGUGCUGAAAAAACUGAAGAAUCCGGAGAAUCCAGAUAAACCGCAGGAAACGUGGCAGGUGAUCAAGGACCUGCAGCAUCAGUUCCAGCAGAAAGCUCACAAACGCAAUCUGCUCAAGAUGAAGGAUAUAAGUCCGGUGCUAGCUAACAUCAAGGAUACGGAGAUAUCGAUGCCCGGGCAAGCGCUGAAAACGAAUGUAAGAAUUUCGCACGUUUCCAAUCAAGUGUCGAUCUUGCCGACGAAGACAAAACCCAAGAAACUGGUUUUCCACGGAUCCGAUGGACAAACUUACACUUACCUAUUCAAGGGUUUGGAGGAUUUGCAUUUGGAUGAGAGAAUUAUGCAGUUUUUGAGUAUUGCGAAUACCAUGAUGGCGCAGAAUACCGAAGGAACUGGUCACAAUCUGUAUAGGGCGAGACACUAUUCGGUAAUACCAUUGGGACCUAGGUCGGGAUUGAUCAGUUGGGUCGGUGGAACUACUCCGGUUUUCGCCGUCUACAAGAGGUGGCAGCAAAGAGAAGCGCUGAAGGCUUCUAAGAACGUCAAUACUACUACUGUUCUAAGACCAUCCGAGUUGUUCUACAACAAAUUGAACCCUUUGCUGGUGGAGCACGGCGUCAAGAACAUCGAGAACAGGAAGGAGUGGCCUUUGGUGGUACUUAAGCAAGUGUUAACGGAAUUGAUGAACGAAACCCCGAGUAAUCUCUUGGCUAAGGAGUUAUGGUGUCAUGCUGUCAAUGCAGGAGAAUGGUGGCAAAUUGUUAGAAAAUAUACGUACUCUGUAGCAGUUAUGAGCAUAAUCGGAUACAUCAUCGGACUCGGAGAUAGACAUUUGGAUAACGUGUUAGUGGAUCUAAAUACCGGAGAAGUCGUCCACAUAGAUUACAAUGUGUGCUUCGAGAAAGGAAAAACGCUGCGAGUUCCAGAGAAGGUUCCAUUCAGGCUAACUCCGAACAUUCGAGAUGCCCUAGGUGCAACUGGAGUUGAGGGCAUGUUUCGGUUAUCCUGCGAGAACAUCUUGAAGAUCAUGAAGAAGGGCAGAGAGACGCUGCUCACUCUGCUCGAGGCAUUCGUCUACGAUCCUUUGGUUGAUUGGACCGUUGGUAAUGACGGACUGGUGGGAACCACCUUCGGCAGCAACUCGACCAUCAAGCAGAGCAGAAGAGUCCUGGAGAAGGAGGUCACCCUCUCCAUGUACAGAGUGCGGUGCACCGAGCUCAAAAUGGAGUGGGAUAUUAAUAGAAUUGAUAUUCAUGACAAGCUGCCGUGCAUAAGGAACCAAAUGAAGGAAUGGCUCGAGUGUUGGCAUACAAUUUCAAUUACCGAAGACCUCUUGCAGGAUCUCCACCAGCAAAUGGCGCUGGUCAAAGAGGCAGAAGCCAAUGGGCUCUCCAAGCACAGCCUGCUCACGCUUCCAUCUCGUUACGAGUCCUAUCGAAGGACCAAAGACGUUGUGACGCAUGCCAAGCAGGAUCUGGAUAAAAUUGUGUCCGAUUGCGAAAUUCAUUUGGAUAAAUUCAUGGACGCCAUAAAAACACUACAAACGCAGCAGACGCAGCAAUGGUUCUUGGAAAUGCAGACGAACGUCGAACUAAAGACUGUUUUCAGUUUGGUAAAGGAAUUCUUGCAGAACGCCGGGCAAUCUUCGAUGAUCUCUCAAUGCGAGCAAAGCGAGAAUGACGUUAAACAUCUCGCCGAACAGCAAACCCUGCUCACCACCAAAUGUCUUAACAUUCUGCAAGAAUACUGGACCAUAUAUUCGCAAUGCCCGGUUUCGUUUCUGGAGAAUCACAGGAUGUACCACUAUCUGAAAUGGGGUAAAAUGCUGCAAAACACCAGGGAUUUAAGUAUCGCUGAGAAUAUCUUCCAACAAUUAAUAGCGCUAAAAAGUAACAAUUCCAAGCGCAAAACCGUCAUCAUCAAUUUCUCGUACCAUCUCAAUGUACUCUACAACAGUACCGUCGAGCAGUUGAGUAAAGCUUUCGAAGAAUUGCAAGUAUGCCGAGUGGAAGAAUCGAGCGCCAGUUCGGAAGCGAGAUAUUUAGAAUCGAAGAAGUGUUUGGCCAACUUCCUGGCGCACGAGAAGGGCGCAAACCGAGCACUGGAAUUCGUGAUCGUCAGUGAACUCCUACUGUUAAAUAGAACGUUCUUGACCUUAGAGAAUACGGCCUCGAAAAGCGGCGAUUGGCUCGUCAAAUUGGCUUCCAGGGACAGCGACUGGUUCCUGGAUGAUAUAUCGAUGACCUCUGCCAAAGCCAUAGAAUUGAUCAACAUUUUAAAUAUUCAGAACAACAUCGAGGAAGACUCGAAAUUGAUGAAGGUGGUGAAAGGACUGCACUCUGCCAACGAUCUGUAUAAGAGCCUGCACGAGCUGAGCUUCAAUUUUCAUACGAUCAUUUUGCCCGAGAGCUGGAAGAAAAUUCAAAGCGAAGAACCGACUGUACUGUUGAUGAUCAACGACCUUAAUAACAUGAUCGUCAACAUCGGCGUUUCGCUGCCCGAUUUGGUGGUACAACUAGAAAAGCAUCUAACAUGCGUCAUCAUGGAAAUGGAUCAAAAUCCUACAUAUGAAGUAAUUCAGAACAAAAUAUCUACGUUGAAAAUGCAGUACCAGUUAUUAUUGCAUUCAAAUACGCCAACUCUGAGUCCAGGCAAAAUGCUCCUAAUGGGUUUCAACGGAUUAUUCGACAAGUUGAAUCUUGAGUUUGAUAAUUUGGCAAAUAUUCUUAUUAAUUUGGAGAUUCCUGCCUGUUGGAGGAAAGUGGAUCAUGUGAAGGAAGCUAAGUCUUUGGCAGCGCCUAUUUUCAAUCCGCAGGUACGAGCGGUAUUAGAGGAUAUAUUCUUCUUGAAGCGGUUGCAAACGAUGUACGAGUUCUUUUCACUAUGUAUGAAAAUGUACACAUCUUUCCAAGGUCAAGGAAGGGUGACCGUGUUAAGCGACGAGGAGCUAAUUAAACCCAUUAGGAAAUUUAUAGCCGAUUUCAUUAGCCGGCAAUUUUUGGGUAUAACCACAGAAGCCAUAGCUUACAUAAUUUGCUUCAUCCUUCAACGUCUAGGCUUGGAUGUUACCAACGAAAUCGAACAGAAGGAUAUCGGAGCCGAACACAAGGUUCCAUUGGACGAGCUCUAUCACAUAGGUUGGAACAACUUUUUGAAAAAUGGCACUUUUACCCAGAAUGUUCUGGCGCAAACGUCCAGCAUUGAGAACAACGUGAAGAGCGCUUGGGAAAAAAUGCAAGAGCCUAAAAAGUUGGAGAAGAACGUCACAUUGCUGCAAAGCAGCGUGAGUCGCAUACAGAACCAGAUCUCCAUCCAUUUCUGGCUGUACGAAGAAAUUAUAUCGUCGCAAAUCAUUGACAAAAAUAAUUGUUUCCAUCGCAGGAUUAUACAGGAUUUGAGGAAGAUCGUUGCUGAUAUAAUGAACGUUCAAUCCAAAAUAUUUGAAGCCAGAGAGAAACAGAAGAAUCUUAUUGCAAGCGUCGAGCAACGCUUGAAGUGGGCGGCCGGAGCCAAUCCCGAUCUUAACAAUACAAUGAUCGCCUUUGAAGAAGCCAUCGCUGAGAGAAACAAUCAUCUGGAGGUUGAAAAGAAAGUCACCUCCAUGACUGUAGCGACUUGCUCGGUCAUUCUACAUCAUGAAGCCUUAAGGAAUACGACUCCCGAGUCUUCGGCUUACGAUCAAGUGUUUCUGAACACUCACGCGAAGUGGACGAACGCCUGCCAAUACAACAAUGUCAAAGUGGAUGCGGUUAGCUUGGUGGAGGAGAAUAUCAUGAAACUAUACAGUCAAGAGAUGACGCAGAAUCCGAAAUGGAUCAACCAGAUCUCGGAAAAGGUAUCCGAGACCAUUAAGGCCACGCAGAAAGAUCUGAGCGAAUAUAAGGCAAAACUGCACACUAUUAAUGCCGACGUGCUGCUGAACAUCGAAUCCUUCAAGAAAUGCUACUCGGAUCACUGCAAGGUAACCUUCGAUUUCAGAAACGUGCUGAAGGCUAUGUCCAAGAUGGACGAGUGCGGCUUCAAGUCACAGCAGUUCUUGAACAACCACAAGACUUACAUCGACAUCUUCUCGGGACUGCUGAUGCGCUUCAAGAAGGAAGAAUUCAGACUACCGGAGAUUGAAGCGUCCAUCGAGAACUUGGACUAUCUGGCAUGCCACACUGACAACAUCUACAAGAGCUUAUUUGAGCUGGAGAGCAAGAAGGCGGAGAGACCGCAGCUUGUCCGACAAGACGGUAUGACGCUGAGCCCGAUGAGAGCACCACCUUCGAAACAGGAAAGCAUGACGAAGGGACAACAACGAAACGCUUACGCAGUCAGCGUGUGGAGGAGGGUUAGGAUGAAGUUAUCCGGGAAAGAUCCAGACCCCGGACGGAAAUAUUCCAUACAAGAACAGGUGGAUUACGUGAUCAGAGAGGCGAGUAGCCUAGAUAAUCUGGCCCUGCUGUACGAGGGCUGGACUCCAUGGGUUUGAGGAACGAUGUGAGGCAGUCACCCUGCCUGGAUCUCCCUCUGUACCAAUAGAGCGCCGCCCGGUGAGUGCGCCGACAGUCAGCAGCAAAUUAAAAACAAACUACAAAAAAAAAACAAAUCAAAAAGCGUCAUCCCUAACUCUAAAUAGUUUCUGGUUGGGUUGCUUAGUUUUAUUGCUAUGCAAAAAUUAAACCACUCGGACGAAGCAAAAUUGUUAAGUAAAACAUGCCAAACAAAAAUAAGUUUCAUAUCUAGGGCUAACAAAACGGUGUGUUGUCCCGAACAAAACAAAUUGGGGAACCCACUAAAUGCGAAAACAACAACAACAUUGGUGAAACGAAUUUUUGCAGAUCAGUAAAACUAUUUGAAUACUGAUAAAUGGUAAUCGAUUGAACUGCUGCUUUUAUUUUUAAUUAUUCGACGUUAAUGUCAGAUUUGAUAUAAUAAAAAAAAAAAG